AUGUGCACCUUUCUACCCGCUCCCGCUUCAGCCCCUGCCUUUUUUACGCUCGAGGGCCGUUCCGGUCAUUAUACUAUUAUUACCAAGUCGCAAUUCGUGUCGGUUUUUCGAUCGCGUCUUCAACGUCUUGGGGUUUCUGACUGUUCUAAGUUUAGGGGCCAUUCCUUCCGUAGAGGGGGAGCUACGUGGGCCUUUCGUUCUGGUGUUCCAGGCGAACUUAUUCAGGUUUAUGGUGAUUGGGCGUCUGACGCCUACAAAGUUUACCUUGAGUUUUCCGAGGAUGCUAAGCUGCGCGUCGCGCGGCGUAUGAUAAGUGCUUUCGAUGAAUAG